UAGGAAAUCCUCCAAUAAUAUAUGGUAGAGUUUUGUGAACUUUUCUCCAUUUCAAAUUUCCUGCAACGAGAGUGAAAGUAGGAAGGACAUUUUUGUCUUUACAAUUAAAUAUUUAUCUCAAUAAAAAUAUCAAUAUGAGGAUUCGAACCCGGGUCUCUUAAAACAAAGACAACAAUCACAACCAAUUACACUAAACAAAUUUGCUGUAUCUUUUUUAGUACAAAGCAUACACAAAGUUAGACUUUGAAAAUUGGAUGAAUUUUCCAUCAUGAUUACCAAGCCCACUAAGUCUACCGUAUAUAUUUUUAUGGUGCUUGAUACUUCAGUUUUCAUAGUAGCUAGAGUUUCAUGUAAUUUUCUCAAUUUUAAUUUUUUUGCUCUCGCCUUAAUUUUUUUGCUAAAGGUAGAUUGAUAAUUGGCUACCAUAGAAGAAACUAAUUAUGUUACUGCGUGUUGUAUCCUUGAAAUUUUCAAUUUAAAUUUAAAUUUAGUGUUUUUUUUAUCUUUGUUCUUAUCUCUUUUAACUUCCUCCGAAAUUCCCUCUAUCGUGCAAUAGUUUACGCCCCUUUCACUUUUCAAUACAAGGCCGCCUUUGAAAUCAAUCUUUUGGUAUCUCUUGACACUACGAUUUUAUUAUUCGGGAUUUAAGCUAGGCAAGUAGAAGAUUUCAACUCCGAUAUCAAUCCAUGACAAAUAGAAUGGAGUUCAAUAAAUGGAGGUGUAGAAGGAUGAUUAGAGAUUGAAUUUUUUAUUGAAACAUAUGUCUCUUGAGAUAAAAAUUUGGUUCUACAGCAGAGAGUGGUGACUAUUGGACCUUUAGGUUUAUGGUUUUUGCAGCUAGGUCGAUUCUUUAUUCAACCUAUUGGAACUGAUAGAUACGGAGUGUCUAAUUUUGUGUCUUAUUACUUCGAUCGAGUUUAUUAGCAUAUUGGAGGUAACCCUAAUUUUGUCGUUUGCUCUCAAGUUUUAUUGGUCCCCUCUUAAUUGAGUUGUUAGUAUAUAGUUGACUUGAAUCAACAACUCUCCAUUUCUUUUUGAUUAGUGGCAUAUUGUUCUUAAGGAGUGCAUUGAACCCUUUAUGUAGGAUUGUGAGGUUUAAAAUUGUGUUUCAAACUAUCUAUGGCGUGUGGGAAUUCCAAUGAGCUUUUGUACUCUAUCUUUCUUGACAAUCAACUAACCAAUAGCAUUUUAAUUGGGGCUUAAUUAUCAUUAUAAAAAUGAGAUCAAUCAUUUUUAUAUUUUAUAUUCUUAUUUCUCCAAAAGUUCGACCUAUAUAUUCUUUCUUUAUAUAUCAUCUAGAUCGAAGAAUUGUCAAUAAAAUUAAACGGGUUGAUAGACUUAAAUGUAACAUAAAAAUACAAAUAAUCAAAUAUGAACAUUCUGGCCAACAGGCCGGGUUAUAAGCUAGUUAGUAAAUACUCCUUACUAUUUUCAAAUAACGGUAAUACAGGUUUGAAAAAUAAUUAUCCGGAAAAUCGUAAUUGAGGAAUAAGAAUCACAAAAAAUCAAGGUUAAUAAAAAGGAAGGGAAUAUAAAGAACUAUUAGCUUGGAAGAGAAUGGAUGAAGAGCAUCGCAAGGUCAUACUCACCAUCCGCAGUAGCAGCAACUCUGGGUUUUCUCUCCUUCGCUCGUAAAACCCGUCUCUCCUUAUUGACGGCAGCUAGGGUUUCUGCCAGUCUCAACUUCGCCAGCUUUUCCACUUCAUCUGCGGCAGCCAUGCCGGGGCAAGACCCGAAACAAGAGCCCCAGUGGCCGGCGGCGAAAGUCAGGGGCACUUUCUUGAAAUUCUUCGAGGAAAAACGCCACAAGAACUGGCCGUCCAGUCCAGUCGUCCCCGUGAACGACCCAACUCUCCUCUUCGCCAAUGCUGGCAUGAAUCAGUUUAAACCCAUCUUCUUGGGGACAGCUGAUCCAAAUACCGACUUGAGCAAGCUAAAACGCGCUUGUAAUACCCAGAAGUGUAUCCGCGCCGGAGGGAAGCAUAAUGAUCUUGACGAUGUGGGGAAGGACACAUACCACCAUACAUUCUUUGAGAUGUUGGGGAAUUGGUCAUUCGGUGAUUAUUUUAAGAAAGAAGCUAUUGAAUGGGCUUGGGAGCUCCUAACCAAGGUGUAUGGACUGCCCGAGGAUCGUAUUUAUGCUACUUAUUUCGGGGGUGAUGAUAAAGCUGGUCUUGCUCCUGAUAAUGAAGCAAGAGACAUGUGGCUCAAAUUGUUGCCACCUGGACGAGUGCUGCCAUUUGGUUGCAAGGACAAUUUUUGGGAGAUGGGUGAUACUGGUCCAUGUGGUCCUUGUACAGAAAUACAUUUUGAUAGGAUUGGUAAUCGGGAUGCAUCAUCAUUGGUGAACAAUGACGAUCCUACAUGCAUUGAGAUAUGGAACCUUGUGUUUAUUCAGUUCAACAGGGAAAGUGAUGGCACCUUAAAACCUCUACCCUCUAAGCAUGUUGAUACCGGAAUGGGUUUCGAGAGGCUUACUUCAAUUCUCCAAAACAAGAUGAGCAAUUAUGAUACUGAUGUUUUUAUGCCCAUCUUUGAUGCCAUUCAGCAGGCAACAGGGGCACGACCUUACUCUGGAAAAGUUGGGGCUGAGGAUGUGGAUGGAGUCGACAUGGCUUACAGGGUUGUUGCUGACCACAUCAGAACUCUCUCUUUUGCCAUUGCUGAUGGUUCUUGUCCAGGUAAUGAGGGACGUGAAUAUGUUCUUAGGCGCAUUCUUCGUCGUGCUGUUCGUUAUGGAAGUGAGAAGCUUAAAGCCCGAGAAGGAUUUUUUAAUGGGCUUGUAAAUGUUGUUGUAAGAGUGAUGGGUGAUGUUUUUAAAGAGCUUAAAGAAAAGGAGCAACACAUCAGGGAAAUAAUAACGGAAGAGGAAGCAAGUUUUGGGAGAACAUUGCUCAAGGGAAUUGAGAGAUUUAAAAAGGAUGCUAAGGAGGUUGAGGAUGCUCAGGGAAAAGUAAUCAGUGGGCAGAAAGCAUUUGUUUUGUGGGACACUUAUGGCUUCCCGCUAGAUUUGACUCAGUUGAUGGCAGAAGAAAGGAAAUUGGGAGUUGAUGUUGAAGGUUUCAAUAAAGCCAUGGAUGAAGCUAGAGAAAGAUCAAGAAGUGCCCAAACUAAGCAAGCUGGUGGUGCUAUUGUCAUGGAUGCUGAUGCUACAUCUAUAUUGCACAAGAAGGGUGUUUCUGCCACAGAUGAUUCCUACAAAUAUAUUUGGUUCCAGGAUCACGAGUCUUCAAUUAAAGCCAUCUACACAGGUUCUGAGUUCUUGGAAAGUGUCACUCUUGGCAAUGAAGUUGGCAUAGUUCUCCAAUCUACUAGUUUCUAUGCUGAACAAGGUGGUCAGAUUUUUGACACUGGGUUACUUGAGGGCUCAUUUGGUUCCUUUGAGGUUCGCAAUGUCCAAAUAUUCGGAGGAUUUAUCCUUCAUAUUGGUUCCCUCACUGGAGGCACAGGAAAAUUCUCAGUCGGCGAGAAGGUUAUAUGUAAGGUUGAUUAUGAGAGACGGAAAAUCAUCGCACCCAACCAUACUUGUACACACAUGUUGAACUUUGCUCUUAGAGAGGUCCUUGGUGAUCACAUUGACCAGAAGGGAUCUAUUGUCCUCCCUGAAAAGUUAAGAUUCGACUUCAGUCAUGGAAAACCAGUGGAUGCUGAGGCUUUAAGAAAAAUUGAGGCAAUUGUGAAUGAACAAAUUAAGGCUGAGUUAGGUGUAUAUGCUAAGGAAGUGAGCCUGGCUGAUGCUAAGCAGAUUAAUGGACUGCGAGCUGUUUUCGGUGAAGUGUAUCCUGACCCUGUUAGAGUGGUUGCAAUCGGUCGUAACGUUGAAGAACUUGUGGCUAACCCAGAUAACAAUGAAUGGCUGUCACUUUCAACAGAGCUCUGUGGAGGAACACAUAUUACAAACACAAAGGAAGCUAAAGCUUUUGCUCUUCUGUCCGAGGAGGGAAUUGCAAAAGGGAUUAGACGGAUAACUGCAGUUACAACCGACAGUGCUUUUAAAGCAUUGGAAUUGGCAUGCUCGCUUGAGCAAGAAGUUGAGGAAGCAUCCAAAGAAGAUGGCAGUGCACUGGAAAAGAAAGUCGCAUAUCUGAAGAGUCGUGUGGACACAGCAACUAUUCCUGCAGCCAAGAAAGCUGAUCUUAGGUCCAAGAUAUCUGUGCUUCAGAACCAAGUGAGAAAGCUACAGAAGAAGAUUGCUGAAGAAAACACACAGAAGGCUGUGCAGGUUGCAACGGAGAUUGCUGAAACUGCUGCAUCAGAAGGCAAAUCAUUUUGCAUCUCUAGAGUCGAAGUAGGUUUGGAUGCAGCUGCAGUUCGUGAGGCCGUGUUAAAAGUCCUGGAUCAGAAGGGAAUCUCAAUCAUGGUUAUCAGCAUUGAUGAAAGCACAAACAAAGCGGUGGUGUGCGCUGGAGUGCCAGAUAAGUCAAACAAGGUGAAGCAGUUGGAGGUUUCUGAAUGGUUGAGCAAUGCCUUGGGGCCUCUGAAUGGAAAGUGUGGAAGAGGAAAAGAUGGUGUUGCCACCGGCCAGGGAAAAGAUGCGUCGAACGUGGAUGAGGCCAUGGAUGUGGCAUCGAAGUUUGCUGAUCUAAAGUUGCGAUGAUGAUGAUGAUUAUGAUAUAUGGAGCGUAGAACAUUUGACAGUUACAUUGAACCUAAAACGAAUGAACAAAACAAUGGAAAUCGUGUUAGCAGUUUGGCUUGAAUCUGUUUGUUUUUCCUGUUUUCUAUUUUGGUCACUGUGGUACCUUUUAUCUUCAACUACUAGAAAGGCAAAAGUUUAUAUAACUUUGGACUUUGGUGCAUUACCUUGAAUUGAUCGACUUGCAAAUUUCUGGGAAACAAGCGGUGGCCCUGCACUUUGAAAUUGAUCCACCCGUAAAUAGAUUGAACUGUGCAACAGGUGGAUAAUGGAUAAUUUAUGUGGGUAGAUUGUGUAUUUGAUAAAUCUCCUAUAUAUACUUAAUCAGUGGGUGGUGGCUGGAUUGCGGGUCGCUCGAAUGACAUGUAUGGAUGUACCUUAUUUUUACAUGACAAAAUUUGUUUAUGGUACUAUUAUCAAAUAUGUGCUCUGCACACUAACCAUCGACUUCUAAAAAUUAUUAAUUGUAUCAAGGUCGCAAAAUGCGUCAAUUUUGUCUACACCGGUUGGUUGAUGGAGUAAUGAAAAAUUGAAAAUACUACACAGAUUCAUAGGUGACAAAGUAAAAAGUAUAUAAAUUGCUACCGUCUUACUAAUUUGGGAGGAGCUUAUUAUAAUGGUAGCUAACUUUCUUUGGGUUAAUAACCUAGUUUGGCCCGAAGUUUAGUGUAAUGUCAGUUUUGGCCCGACUUUUCUAAUAAGACAUUUGUGGCCUACUUUGCAAAGUAUUUGACAAAUUUGGAACGAAACUUAUGUCAACUGUUAAAACUGACGGUCAACUAUUGAGUUUAUUUAGGGUUGCGAUUUGGGGAAGGGAGAAAGAGGGGGAAUAGGCUGCGAGUUUGGUUUAUUUAGGGUAGGGGGUAAAUUUUAUUUUUUAUGGGGGUUGGGGGUAAAAUCGGGGAGAAAGAUGGAAUUUUUUUAAUUUGAUAAUUUUUAUAUUAAAUUAAUAAAUUAAAAUAAUAUUAUUUAGUGACAUGGCAUGACACAUUAGCUUUUUUUGUUGAGUCACUAACGGAAUAGUGUUUGACCGUUGGAAACGGGCAUUGCUAUUCGUCGACCUAAAAUACCUUAUUUGUCGCCCUAACUUUGAUUAAAAUGACUCAAAUGUCCUUAGCUUAAUUCUUGUCUUUCAAACCCGCCGCGGAACGGAAGCCGGAAGGGCUAAAACCCCGUCUCCGGCGAGUUGGGACUUGUCAGAACCGCGCAUCCCUUCAAGCUACCAUCACCAGCGGGUCAUCAGCGUCCCAUCGUUUACCUCACGCCGACCAGUUGAAAUUUCCCGACGAAGAGCCUGUGGCGGGAUCGGAGAAAGGCUCUCCAUCUCUGCUCAGGAUGUUCGGAAGGAGCGCACCUAGCUGCGAACGACGGCGCUCUGUCUCUGUUCACGAUGUCAUAUGCGAUUGAUUUAGAUUCCACCAAACCACCGCAUCUCAUCUUGUCGGCGAUUUCAAUUAGAAAGGGUUUCGAUAUGGGUUUUUAGGAUUUCAAUUUUUGGGAUUUGGGGUUUUUAUUAGUGUUAUGGUUGUCGUUGUCAUUUUGAUUUUUGGGUUUCUAGAUUCACCCAUUCCAUUCACAAUUCGAUUCAUGCAGAGCUGCGAUUCAUCUCCUUCAAACAGAAGCAGAGUAGCUCGUUCCAAUAUCUGAAUCGCACCAAUCACCGCCCUACUGAUAUUCUCGGAGUCAUCGUAUAGAGCGAGGUCAUCAUUUCUACACUUCGUCUUCUUCCUCCUCCGACUCCGACAGUAGAAGAAGAUCACCAGCGGCAGUCAGGGUGAGGUGGGCAGCUGCCAGAGAGAAGAAUCCCACAGCGACAACAACGUCCGGGUUGAGGUCGGCGACGGCUGGGCAGGGUUAAGGAAUUGUUUGUUUGGGGUCAGAGGGUGCGAUUGUAAAUUUAGUGAAUUUUAGGGCGAUGAAUAGCAAUUCAGUUCAUUAGAGCUUCUAACUUUCUCGUAUUCCUAAAUCAUUCACUCCGGGUCCCGAACUUCUGUUUCGUUACAAAUGAGUACCAGUAGGGUUUACUGGAAAAAUAAAUUAAGUAUGGUACACUGAAUUUGAGGAGAUUGAAGCUUUAUUCCCUUUCCUCUUCUUGCUUUCAGCAAUCAGCAUAUAUACAACUCCGUAUCCUUUACGUGGACAAUAAUUAAUUCUAUGGAAAUUAAAUCAUCGAUGAAUGAAAGUUUUGACUAUGCAUGAGGAAAUUAUCCAAGUCAAGGUGUCCUUUCCUUAGUGGCUAAAUGAUCUUCUAUUACAGAUUACAAUCAUUAAUUUAUUUGGCAAUUUUACAGUUUUUUUUACCAAAUAUUACUUUACCGUUGACACCAUAUUUAAUUCCAUUUGGAUCCCACGCAAUCAACUUCUCUGGUCAAAAUGAUUCUCGAACUACCCGACCUUUAUCUUUUUAAUGUUUGAUGUAGUCUGUUAAUUGGAUUUGGAUUAUGGAUUUGAAACUCAAAUCUCACAUAUGAGGAAUUUGAUCAAAUUCAUUGUUUGUUUGAUAUAAAAGAAGAAGUUCCAAUUGCAAAAUUGAAUCGUUUUGAAGCCAACAUAUUAUUUUUAUCAUUUUUAAUCUUUUUCAUAAAACAUAAUUUUCUCAUAUAUAUUUUUUUAUAAUUAAAACCCAAUAAGAAAAUAAUAUGAUUUAGUAUGAAAUAAAUACAACAAAAUCCAUUUUGGCAAUGCUUUAUUUUUUAUUUUUUAUAUUUCAUUUCAUAUUUCAAAUUUAAAGAUUGGACACAAACCUCAAAUCCAAUGAACAAAACACCCUUAUGUUCAGGUGACAGUUUUAGCUGAAGUAGGAAUCACAUGUACAACGCCUCAUUUUGGCAAACGAGUUCGUGAACUCGAGUCGACAACAUGUUAAAAGCCAAGCGAAUAUAACCUGAUUCAUACCAAAGUAUGUUGGAUGAUGAGUACAUCUGGUUCGAUAGACCUCUAGAACAAUAUUGUUGUUUAAGUUCUAGAUAAAGCACCGAUGGUUAAUUAUAACUUAUAUACGAAAUCUAUUUCAUUUUCUUCUCAUCCCAAUCCUUUAGGACACGCACAAAAGACAUCCCACUAUCAGAUGAUCAACUACAUGUACGUACACUUGCAUAGCUAUUUAUACACCUAAAACCAGCUACAUAUAUAUGUAUACAGUCAAACCCCUAUAACAAAAGAAUAUUUUGAAG